AUGGGGGACUCAGUGGUACCAGCAUCGCGUCUUUCUCGCCGUGUUGAAGAAGUGAAGGUUUGGCUAGCUGACAUCAUUGAGGAGGAAGGCUGGCUAGACGAGCGGCGCAAGCUCUUGCGCCAUCGUGCAGGUUUGUCUGCGCGUGACACUCGCAAAGUUCCGCGGUUCCAGUUCAUCCUGUUUGACAAGCCUCGCAUCACUUCCCGUGAGGUCGAAGCUGAUGGCAAUUUCGAGCUGAUGCUGGAUUUCUUGGCAAGUUUUGCCCAUGACAUCCCCUCACCAAAUGACGUUGAGGAUGCCCUGAUUUGGGCCAGCACCAAGUACAAGUUGAACCCUUGGAAGGAGCUUCCCAUGCACCAGGCCUGGGCCCAGACUGAGUCUGGAGUCAUCCGAUCCUGUGCAGCCUAUUGCAUUGACCGCUUCCAACGCUAUGCUGCUUCAAGGAAAGGCCACCCGAGGAUGGACGAGCUGCGAUCAGUGAUCUACACAAAGCUGAAGGAGGAGAACCUGCUGUCACCAGAGGGAAAGAAAAUCCCCACCAGAGGUCGAGGUGCUGCACGUCUCAAACAAGAGGAGGCUGCUUAUAGGGCUAUGAAAUUGGCGAAGGAUGUGGACAACAUGGAGACUCUUCCCAUGGAGUCCCAAGACAUGUCCCCCAUACGACCAAUGUCACCGCUCUUGGAGGGUGAGGAGAGUGAGGAGGAGGGUGAGGAGGAGGAAUCAACCACUGAUGAAGAUGUUGAUGACUUAGAGGUGAUUGCAGUUCAUGACCCUGAUCCAAUCAUCCUUGAGGAUGAUGAUGUUGAGUCACCCAUUCCCCCAACUAUCAUGGAGGAGUCACAGCCUUUUGAGCCAGAGGUCCCUGAUUCCCAGUUUGAUCCAGCGGGUACCCAACAAGAUGUGCCACAAGAGUCUUCGCCUGCAGAACCAGCUGGCAUCAUCGGCAAAGGUCUGGAACCUCCAUCCAGGGAUGGCGGCAAGGGUGCACCCCCGAGUGAUGAAAUGGAUGUUGAGGAUAUCUUGGAUUCUGAGGAGGAAGAUGGCGUAAAGGGUGCCCAAAGUAGCAAAGGAGUUUUCCAGGAUCGAAAGCCGCUGAAAGAUGAAGUGAAGAUUCCUCAAAGUCUUGAGGAGCAGGCUAUAGCCCAACUCAAUCACCUUGUUGGAGAUGGUGAGGUUGCAAUGACAGAACAUAUGGCUGAAUUGGCGAAGGCACAAGCAGCCAUCCGCAAUAUGGCCAAGGAAGCAGCAGAUGCUCCUGACCAGGACAAAGUACUCCGAGAAGAGCUCGAAGCAGAAGAGGUUGAGAAGCAGAAAAAGAAAUCCAAUGCUGUCAAAGGUCGUGGAAAGGGAAAAGGGAGAGGUAAAGGAAAAGGUGGCCGUGGACGUGGUAGGGGCAAGAAAAAUGGCCCGGAUGAGGAAAUGCCUGAGGUGAAAGCUGCAACCACACAUGAUGCGGAGGAAAAUCAUGAAGUUGGGGACACUGAUCAGGUCACUGACUCUCCCCCUGUCGAGGAAAUGGAACCUCCCAAUGAUUCUUUGACCCCGAAAUCUAUUGGCCACAAACCCAUCAAGAGGAGGAGAUCCAAGCUCAGACGUUUGAAAGCCCUUUCGCCUUCCAGCUCUGCAAAAAAAGGCUGCAAAGUGCCGCGUUGA